AUGGUUACACUAGUUCAUCGAAAAACAGCUUUACUUAUCGGUAAUAAUGGUUACCAUCGAUUAUCGAAUGAACUCGAUCAAUCGAUCGAGAAUGUCAACAGACUGAGUGAUCUGCUUACAAAGAUUGGUUUUCACGUGACAAGUGAAUCCGAUGUGGAAAAAUAUGAUUUGACUGAACUGAUUAUUAAGUUUGCACAGACGAUCAACAAUGGCGAUCUAGUUUUCUUGUAUUUCUCUGGACAUGCAUGUCAAGUCAAUGGUGCAAAUUAUCUCAUACCUGUCAAUGAUACUUGGAUUCAAACGGAGAGAGACGUUAUUGCCUUUGGAAUCAAUGUUGAUCGAAUGUUAAGACGCAUAGUGGAACAAAAUCCGUCAUAUGCAAAUAUAUUUGUCUUCGAUUGUUGUAGACCAUAUGCAGGAGGUUCGUCGAAUAAUCUAUUUACUAAACAUUUACUGAAGAAUCUUGCUGAAGAAAAUGUUCAAGUUGUGGAUAUUUUUCAGCGGAUAGUCCACGAUGUUUAUGAUGAAACUCAUCAAAAACAACGACCAUUAUCCAUCAAUGGACUAAAACAAGAUCAUCAGAUAUUUCUUAAUUAUGUGGCACCUCCACCUGCUCCAGUGCCUAUCUGGGUUGAAAUCGUACCCGAGGAGAAAGAAUCAUUUUUGAAAGAGCAAUCAGAAUCGAAAGCUUCUUGCGAUAGUUUACCAAAUGUUGAAGAGAUAACCGAUUCAGAAAAUGAAGACGUGAAAAAAGCAGAAGAAUUUACCAAACAUAUUUUAUCUAAAGUUCCUUCCGGUGAUCUCAAUCAAAUGGAAACAGUAUGUCAUAUAGUUCAUCAAUUAUUUCAAAAUGAAAAUCAAGAAUGUUUAUUUUUCAAUUCGAGACAAGGUGUUAAUCUUUAUAAUAGUUUCGGAAAUUUAACAGAUUUAAGUUUCGAUUAUACACCAUUUGUUUUGAAGUUGAAAGACAUUCGUGAAUUUGAAGACGUAGAAAGUCACCGAGAUGACUUAACAAUUGUCAACACCUUGAAUAGAGCAGUUCGAAGCAAUGAACCACAUCCAGUUCUUGAACAAAUUGUCGAACGAUUAGCAACAGCACACAACACUGACAAGAAGAAUAUUGUUUUGAAGAACGUUUAUGUCGGAUCGAUCAAUAUCGUUUAUACCGUAGAAAAUUCAAAAGAAAUUACGAUGAAAGAGCUGAGUGAACUACCAAAAAACGUUCAGUCGCAAUUUCAACAGCGUAUAUCAAUGAAAAUGCAUCCGUUAAUGAAACGACCUACCUUUGAUGUCGCCUGUUUUGAUGAACGUGGUCAUAAAAAUUUCGAGGGGGAAAAGGGAACAUAUCAUAUUGGUCCACCCGGAAGAACUAAAGAAGAAGAACGGGAGAAUUAUAACACAUUUGCAGGUAUCGCCCAAAUCAACACCGAACUCGGGAAGAAAUCCUAUAAAGUUAUGCUACAUGUUGCUGUCAAUCCUGAGGGUGUUUGUUUUACGACUGAUGACAAUAUCUGGGUAGUGGAAAAGCCUGAAAAUAUUCGCACAUAUGGUUUACUUAUGAAAGAAGUCUUAACGUAA